AUGCCAGCUGGGAUUUCCGCGUUGGCGCCAACAGCCAACGGAGAUCCGUUCGGUCUCGAACGGAAGGAUCCUCCAGCGUUCGCGAUCCUGCAGAAAGACGGACUCGGCACCAGUCUGCCGAUUCUCCAGGUGAACGGUAACAGCGGAACGAACCGUUCGGAAGUUGCACGCCUCGAGAACGCUAAAAACGAGCUGUUCGAUCGAAAACGCAUCAGCAGAUCGAACGAUCAUCUGGUCCAAGCGUGUCUGCAAUCGAGCUAUGCGAAUCCUGCGAGAAAGGAGACACGGAGCAGAAGUCAGGAUAGCCUGCGUUCCGUCGUCAAGAUACCGGCGAUCAAACCGAGCAUCACCUUGUCCACCGAAGACUUCAACGACGUUCUGAACGCUAAGCUGAAGAAGCUUCAGGAACAGGAGAAGGAGAAGGAGGAGCAAUUUCUGAUGCCGCCGCCGGAAGUGGCUGCUCUUCUCGGUAUCACGCCGAGUAUGAACGACGCCGAAGAUAUCACCGAUGCCUGUCCGCUGCGCUCGCGAUUCAAGUCGUUGGCCAAGAAGCCGGAAGUACGUCACAGCAGCCACAAUGCCAGGUGUCCGGCUGCCCUGAAGGCCACCGUCGACUUCACCCUCGGAAUGAUGAACGCGACGACCAUGGCUGCCUCGACCUUGGACGAUCGGCCGAGGGUGAUAUCGAAGAGAAACGGCGACGCGACCGAUCAAUCGAUUCCUUUCGGGAAUAUCAUGUUUGACCGCCGCGUUGUUCGUGGAAGCACGUUCACCUCUCCUCCUGUUCUCAUCGAUGGAGAACAAUCGAUCGCAGCGAGACAGGCGGAGGCCAGAAGAAGAAACUUGGCGAGAAAACGAGCUCAAGCGCAGGCUACUAAAGCUCUGGUGGCUAGAGCUGGUUCACCACCGCCGGUUCCUGGUCGCAAACACGAGCCAGUGCAAACGGAGGUCUAUCUGGAAGAGCUGUCCGAGAAACCGGACGAAACAGAAGUCGCGACGCAGACGGACUAUUUCCUGGACAGGCCGCCGACGCCGAAAUAUUGUCCGGAUAAAGUUGGCGAGGACCGCGGCACGCAGAUCGAACCUGGCGACCUGUUCGACUUCGACUUGGAGGUGCAACCGAUGCUCGAGGUGCUCGUAGGGAAAACGAUGGAACAGGCGCUGAUCGAGAUCCUCGAGGAAGAAGAGAUCGCAGCUUUGAAGGAACAGCAGAGGAAGUUCCUGGAGUUGCGAGCCGCGGAAAGAGCCGAAGAGCGAAGGCUAGAGGAACAAGAGAGGAGGAUAAGAGAAGAAAAGGAUCAACGAUUGAGGCAACACGAGAAGGCGGUGACAAGUGAGAGGGAUGCGGAGGAACGAGUGGCUGCGGCAACCCUUCUAACAGGAUACAUCGCGGAACUUCUUCCAGCGGUUCUAGAAGGGCUGAAGAUGUCCGGGUUCCUCUUGGACGAGAUCAAGGCUGAUGUCGAGGAGAGCUUCGUGCCCUGGUUGAUGAAGGAGGUUAAAAAAGAGAUGGGCAACAUGAUCGAGAGCAGGGAAUUACUCACCGAGAUCAUCAGGGAGAUUCUGGAGAGCCGGGCUGAAACUUACAGGAAUCUCGGCGAAGAGUACGACGCUUCGAGAAGAAGAAAACCGUCGUCGUUGAUGGACCAUAUCGAGGAUGGCGGCAGAGAUCCGAAUUUCUUGAAUUACCAGCCACCCGUUAUCGAGAAUUCGGACGACGUUUAACGAGCAGACUCGAACCAGCGGACGUUCCCGUUCGACUGUCUCGAGCCGAGGAGGAGGAGC